GUGUUGACCUCCACAGAGGCGCUGAGCAUCACUGACCCCCAGCUCUGCUACAUCCUGGACGGGUUUCUGGGUCUCUACGGUCUCAUCAUGACCGGCAUGUUCAUCAAGGAGAAGUUCUUCAGAACCAAAGCGAAGGGCUCAGACGAUGGAACCUACGCUUCUCUCAGCAGAGCGACGGGCGACACCUACGAGCCGCUGAUGACCGACCCGGAGCGAGGACGGAACCGCCGAGCGGAUGACUCCACCUACACGGGCCUGCAGAAACGAUCAGAACCGACGUAUAAAGAGCUUCCUGUGAGGAGAGAGCGUCAGCGGAAGAACGAGCAGGUUUACCAGGGUCUGAGCUCGGUCACCAGAGACACCUACGACUCCCUGCAGAUGCAGCCGCUUCCGGCCCGCUAACCGGGUCGGUUCUGAAGAAUC